UGUCAGGCGCUCACGAGGCUCCAAAUACAAAAUGGCAAACUCCGCCGCCCUGCUCCACUCACUCCUCUCCACCGCCUGGACGCCGCGCCGCCGCCUCGACCGAGCCUCGGCCACGCGGCUCGCCCCGUCCCCCGGCCCGCCCUGCCGCUCCCGCCGGCCGACGCGCUCCGUGCGCUCGAUGGCGUCGUCGACGACCGCGGCCCGGGCCGACGCGGCGGCGCCGGGGCUGAAGGAGGGCAUCGCGGGGCUCUACGACGAGUCGUCCGGCCUGUGGGAGAGCAUCUGGGGCGAGCACAUGCACCACGGCUUCUACGACUCCGGCGAGGCCGCCUCCAUGUCCGACCACCGCCGCGCCCAGAUCCGCAUGAUCGAGGAGGCCCUCGCCUUCGCCGCCGUCCCCGACGAUCCGACAAACAAACCGAAAACGAUUGUUGAUGUCGGAUGCGGAAUCGGUGGUAGCUCAAGAUACCUGGCGAACAAAUAUGGAGCACAAUGCUCUGGGAUCACAUUGAGCCCAGUGCAAGCCGAGAGAGGAAAUGCCCUCGCAGCAGCACAGGGGUUGUCGGACAAGGCUUCUUUCCAAGUUGCUGAUGCUCUGGAGCAACCAUUUCCUGAUGGGCAGUUUGAUCUUGUCUGGUCUAUGGAGAGUGGUGAGCACAUGCCGAACAAACAGAAGUUUGUAAGCGAGCUGGCACGCGUCGCAGCUCCAGGAGCAACUAUCAUCAUCGUGACCUGGUGCCAUAGGAACCUCGCGCCAUCGGAGGACUCACUGAAACCUGACGAGCUGAAUCUUUUGAAAAAGAUUUGUGAUGCAUAUUACCUCCCGGAUUGGUGCUCUCCCUCGGAUUAUGUCAAGAUUGCCGAGUCAUUGUCUCUUGAGGAUAUCAAAACGGCCGACUGGUCUGAAAACGUGGCCCCGUUCUGGCCUGCUGUCAUCCAAUCAGCACUGACAUGGAAAGGCCUCACUUCUCUACUAAGGAGUGGAUGGAAGACGAUAAAGGGAGCACUGGUGAUGCCUCUCAUGAUCCAAGGCUACAAGAAAGGCCUCAUUAAGUUCAGCAUCAUCACCUGCCACAAACCCCAAGCAGCCAUAGAAGGAGAACCUGAGGCCGCAUCGCCCAGAGUGUAGAAUAGAACCCAUGUGAUUGGAAUAGACUCGGCUUGCUGUCGCCUUGUAGCUGAAUAAUUUCGUGUUACCGUGCCUCUGUAUCUGCAACUGGAAGUGCCAUAUGAGAAUGGUUCCUAAAGCAAAAUUCUCCUCAGAUUCAUCA